AUGCCAAGUUAUAAGGUUCCUCAACGACCUUACGAGGCCACUCGCCUCGACUACGAACUCAAGCUUGCCGGCGAGUAUGGUCUUCGCAGCAAGCGCGAAAUCUGGCGUAUCGCCCUUACCCUAUCAAAAAUUCGUCGUGCCGCUCGUGAGCUCCUCAAGCUCGAUGCCAAAGACGCUAAGCGUCUCUUCGAAGGCAACGCUUUGAUUCGUCGACUGGUCCGUAUCGGUGUACUGGACGAGAGCCGCAUGCGUCUCGAUUACGUGCUCGCUCUUAAGAUCGAAGAUUUCUUGGAGCGCAGAUUACAAACUCUGGUGUUCAAGAGUGGUUUGGCGAAGAGUAUUCAUCAUGCCCGUGUCUUAAUCCGCCAUCGUCACAUUCGAGUUGGUAAACAGAUGGUCAACAUCCCUUCAUUCAUCGUUCGCCUUGACUCGGCGAAGCACAUUGACUUUGCUCUCACUUCUCCAUUUGGUGGAGGUCGACCCGGCCGUGUUAAGCGGAAGCGUGCCAAGCAAGCUGCUGCGAAAGAGGAAGGUGGCGAUGAAGAUGAGGAGUAGUUUAU